CACGAUCCAUCAUAUCGCUUGAGCUAGCCACAACACACAAAUGUUGGCGAAGACGAUGGCAUAUAUGUCCAUGGAGGAGGGUGAGGGGAGUAGUAGGGCGAUGGUCGAGGAGGAGCCAGAGAUCGCCUUCUUUGACGUGGAGACCUCCAUGCCAUGGGGUCCUAGGGAGAGGCGCACGCUACUCGAGUUCGGGUCCAUCUUCCUCUGCCCGCGGCUGGUUGAGGUCGCGGAGCCCUUCGUCACGCUCGUGCGCCCCUCCGACCUUGGGGUGGUCACGGAGGCGCUCGAACGUAAGGGCAUCACGCGUGGCGCCCUCGAAGACGCCCCGCCCUUCUGUGACGUCGCUGAUAACAUCCACAACGUCCUGCACGGUGAGGGGAGGGGGUUCUUGUCGUUGUAUUUCUUGACAUGUCUCCUUCCUUGACUUUCAGGAAUGAGGAAUCCAUUUUCUUUCCCUUUCCAUUUUCUUUUCUCUCAAGGAAAUAUGUAGUUUACUACUGCAGCAAUAUACUAGCAAGCACGUUCCAAGCAUGUACAUUGUUGGGGCGAAUCUGGGCUGGUCACAACAUCAUUUCGUUUGACUCAGAGAUAAUAAGGGAAGCAUUCGCUGAAAUUGGACGGUCGCCUCCGGAACCAAAGGGGAUGAUCGACACCUUACCUCUGCUUACCCAGACGUUUGGGAGGAGAGCAGGGAACAUGAAGAUGGCAAAUUUGGCAGAUUACUUUAAUCUAGGGCCGCAAAUUCACAGGAGUCUGUAUGAUGUCAGGAUGAAUCUUGAUGUUCUCAAGUGUUGUUCUACAGUGCUGUUCCUGGAGGAUAAUUUUCCAAAACUGCUAAGCGGUGGGUUGAGGCAUUUUCCAGAACUGCUAAGCGGCGGUUUCCUCAACCCAAAUGAUAUUUCACUUGAGUUCAUCCAAGUUUCUAUUUCUUUUUCCUCUUGUUUGGGCAAAAGAAGUCUAAAUUCCGGCCUCCGCACCAAUCCUCUUCCAUACGAAUUUGAACGGAGCUUAUGUAUCAAGCACAACGAUGAUCCGCUACAACUUCAUUGCAUAGGUUUGAGGGUCCAUUAUGAAGUUUCUCUGAAUCAAAACAGUGAAGGUCGACCAAAGUUGAGCAUAGUGGUUGACAUCCCUGAGAAUCUCAGACAAGUUCUAGAAUUUUGUGAUGAAAUAGCUAAGACAACAUUCCGGGAGUUUGGGAGCACUUCUGAAUGGCGGCAAGUGAUUAAGGAAUACGGGAAUCGUCCUUGUGUACGCCUAAACAUCCCCAUUAUAGGCAGCGGCGACGAUGCGACCUAUGCGAUAGAGAUAUACCUGAAAGAGGCUAGCGGCAACAUCCGGAAGAAAGAUUUCAGCAAGGCAGAUGUCGCAGAGCUGGAAUUUAUGUUUUUUCGAGGGGACAUGGUCGACGCGUUCUUCUCUGUGGAACUGUACAACUACAAAAAUAAUGCUGGUAUUCGGCUGGUCGCCAAGAAGCUGGUUGUACACUGCAGGUAGCAUGCAUCACCAGGCUAAACAACAGAUAUAUAAUCCCAAGUGCUGUAAACUAAUUAAUACUCCAUUCGUUUCACAAUGUAAGUCAUUUUAGUAUUUCCCACAUUCAUAUUGAUGCUAAUGAAUCUAGAUAGAUAUAUAUGUCUAUAUUCAUUAGCAUCAAUAUGAAUGUGAGAAAUGCUAGAAUGAUUUACAUCGUGAAACGGAGGGAGUAGUUUUUUUUAAACAGCCCUAUAAAAGAGUGCGAAGUUUCAUAUUUUUUAAUUCGUAGUUGCACUUAUAAUUUGGUGGUGUUAAUCAGGUGUAAUGUAAACAAUUUGAAUAUGUGUAGAUUAGAAGUGGCCAGCAACAUGAUCAUCUCUGAUCGUGUGCUGUAAUAAACGAGCAACGUUAAUUACCUCUAUGCUUUGAUGCGUCUGUACUCUGUAGUAAGAAUAUCUCGUGCUCUUUCCUUGGCCAUUUAGUAUGGACAAUCCAUUAUUUGUUUCA